GCUUUUUCAUGUCUUUCGUCGUUUACCCGAAUAUCACCGGUAUCAUCGCUGCCAUUAUAGGGGCUAACCAUCGGACUAAUAUCGCCUACGAUGAAGUCGAUUGCUUCGUGCGACUGGGAUACGUGCCCGGUGGCAGCGUCGCCCUACGGUUAUCCACCAAGCUCGGCGGCGAGCGCUCUAUUCCUCAUCAUCCACAUUGGGGCCUUGAUCGCCUGCCUGUCCUACACGCUUCAAACGAGGAGAUGGUUACGUUUCAGCACAUCCGUUUCGAUAGCUUGCCUCUUCGAAAUCGCAGGAUACGGCGUCCGGUUAGCGAGCGUGUCUGAUCCGUGGAAUGUUUUUUUAUACGCGACCUCAACCUCAUUUAUAAUUGUUGCCCCGGCCUUUGUCUCAGUAGGCGUCUACCUCACCGUCCCCGAAACUAUUGCCAUCCUGGGUGUCGAACAUUCGCCCAUAGACACUAAACACUAUCCUCGUCUGAUCUGGAUCGACGCGGUGGGGUUCAUCAUCCAAGCUGGUGGUAUCGUCGUCUCCUUCUCGGAUAUUUCCGCGCACACUGGUCUCGGGCCUAGGGCCCUGAUCGGCAACCCCAUUAUCGCCGGCGGCCUCGCAUUGCAAGCCCUCUCCUUGAUCAGCUUUAUAGCCCUUUUUGGCAUUGUAUUGUUUCGAGCUGCCGUGGCUCAAGCCAAGUUCGGGCACACGACAUUCCAUUCGGUGCAUGGAUUCGUACCUAUGGCGCAUAGGUUCAAGUUUUUCGUCACGAUGCUCCUGAUUUCUGUCAUGUGCUUAUUUGCAAGGGCUAUCUAUCAGACGUUAAUACUGGCUUCUGGGCUGAAGAGCUGGAAUGCAAAGAACCAGGCGCUCUUCGCAGGUUUCGACGGCUUCCUUGUCGCGGAGGCCGCCAUCGGAUUGAUGAUUGCGCAUCCCGUGAUAUUCCUACGGAACGGAAUAGAAAAAAAGUUAGGCAGUGGUAGCGAUCCGGAUCUUGCGAAGGAGAGGACGAGUCCGUAUAGGAUAGAGGGUUAUUGUUCUCCCUCAGCCGACGAACAAAGCACUGGCCCAAGGCAAACGCCGCCCAGUUCCGUAUGAAUCUCUCUUCACGGCUUUGGCAAUAUGGACUUGACAGGCUUUUGUGAUCCGCUAUUCGCAGAACUCCCGUGAGGUCUGUGUC